CAGCCAAGAAGAUGACUCUCAAGAAAAGAAGGGGAGGUGGUCCUAGUUCAGAGCAGUGACAUGCCAUCCAGUGAAGGAGGAGAGAGGUAGAACAGGAGCCUCGGGGAUGGAGAGGGAGACUCUUGACCAUAGCCUUCUCCUCUGGCCUGAAAGGUGAUACAGCCCACCACCUGGGACCUCUCCUGACACAACCAUGCCUGGAACAUUUUCAUAGCCUUCCCUGUUGUGAAUGUCAGUGUCCCCUUUCCCAGGACUCAGAGAUGGCCCAAGUUGAGGCAGAACUAGGACUCAGUGACCGCCUUUCCAGGCAAACCUGGUGGCAUUCCACCUAUACCUCCCUCAGUGAAUGUGCUGGUGCCUCCUUCCGAAACCUGACUGUCAGGUGUCGCCUGUAAGGAGUCUGUGACAUUCAGGGAUGUGGCCGUGUUCUUCAGCCAGGACGAGUGGUUGCACCUGGAUUCUGCCCAGAGAGCCUUGUACCGAGAGGUGAUGCUGGAGAACUACAGCAGCCUGGUCUCACUGGGGAUUCUCUUUUCCAAGCCAAAGGUCAUCUCCCAGUUGGAGCAAGGGGAAGACCCAUGGAUGGUGGAGAGUGGAGUUCCCCAAGGCACACAUCUAGGAUGGGAAAGCUUGUUUGAAACCAUAAUUUCUAAAGAAGAAAAUCAGGAAGUCAUGAAAAAACUCAUAAUUGAUGGUGCAUUUGACUUCAAGUUGGAGAAAACCUACAUAAAUGAAGAUAAGUUAGAGAAGCAACAAGGCAAAAAGAACAAACUUUUCAGGAAAGUGUUAGUUACCAUCAAAAAAGUCUACAUGAAGGAGAGGAGCUUUAAAGGUACUGAAUUUGCGAAGAACCUUGGUCUAAAAUCAUCACUUAUUAGAAAACCCAGAAUAGUUUCCAGAGGAAGGAGACCCCGUUCACAGCAGUAUUCAGUUCUCUUUAAACAACUGGGGAUCAACACAGUGCGUAAAUGUUAUAAAUGUAAUAUCUGUGGGAAAAUCUUCCUCCACAGUUCCUCCCUGAGUAAACACCAGAGAAUCCACACAGGAGAGAAGCUCUAUAAAUGUAAGGAAUGUAGGAAAGCCUUCAGCCAAAGCUCAUCCCUAACUCAGCACUUGAGGGUUCAUACAGGAGAGAAACCUUAUAUAUGUAGUGAAUGUGGAAAAGCCUUCAGUUUCACCACAUCUCUUAUUGGACACCAGAGAAUGCAUACUGGAGAGAGACCUUAUAAAUGCAAGGAAUGUGGAAAAACAUUUAAAGGUAGUUCAUCUCUGAAUAAUCACCAGCGAAUUCACACAGGAGAGAAGCCCUAUAAGUGUAAUGAAUGUGGGAGGGCCUUCAGUCAGUGCUCAUCUCUCAUUCAGCACCACAGAAUUCAUACUGGGGAGAAACCGUAUGAAUGUACUCAGUGUGGGAAAGCCUUCACUUCAAUUUCGCGGCUAAGUAGGCACCAUCGAAUUCAUACUGGAGAGAAACCCUUUCAUUGUAAUGAGUGUGGAAAAGUAUUCAGCUAUCACUCAGCCCUUAUCAUACAUCAGAGAAUUCACACUGGUGAGAAACCAUAUGCUUGCAAAGAAUGUGGGAAAGCCUUCAGCCAAAGCUCAGCUCUCAUACAACAUCAAAGAAUUCACACUGGAGAAAAACCCUACAAAUGUAACGAAUGUGGGAAAGCCUUCUCUUGGAUUUCACGGCUUAAUAUACAUCACAGAAUUCACACUGGAGAGAAACCAUAUAAUUGUAAGGAAUGUGGAAAAGCCUUCAGUUCCCACUCAGGUGUUAAUACUCAUCGAAAAAUUCAUACUGGAGAAAAACCUUAUAAAUGUAAUGACUGUGAGAAAGCAUUCAACCAAAGCUCAGCUCUCAUUCAGCACCAGAGAAUUCAUACUGGAGAGAAACCAUAUAACUGCAAAGUGUGUGGGAAAGCCUUCAGACAGAGUUCAUCCCUCAUGACACACAUGAGAAUUCAUACGGGGGAAAAACCUUAUAAAUGUAAAGAAUGUGGGAAGGCUUUUAGUCAGAGCUCAUCUCUUACUAAUCAUCAGAGGACUCAUAAUUGAGAAAAACUGCAUAAAUGCAUGUGGGAACUGAAGUUUGUUCUAUGCUGAAUUUCAAAAAAUUCAUUGUGGGAAGAAAGUGAUGAAGAGUAGUUAAUCAUGGGUAAAACUUCAGAGUUAGACCUCAUCAAACAUCGGAGACUUCAUGAUGCAGGGUAACCUUGGGAAUGCUAGAAAAGCUUCUGUAAAACGUUUAUUCAUAUGUUCUUAAGUUAUGAUCAUGAAAUUGAGAAGUUUUAAGAUUGCAGGGUUAGUAUUUUAUUUUCUAGUGAUGUAUGAUAACAGCUACAAGUUUCAUGAGCAUCACUGGGAAACCUGCUGUUUAUGUGAAGUACAGCCAUAAAAUCCAGACUUCAGAUAAAUCUAGGAAUCUAUUUUUUGAAAUGAUUAUGCAAGCCAAUGGUACUACAAAGAAUGUUUUGGAAAAGAAAUAUGUACAGGUGACCCAUAGCUACCUCACUGUCACUAAAAUGUUUUUUAAUAGUCUUAAAGCAGAUUCUGUACUUCAUGAUUAAGACUUUGAAUUGUUUCUCUGCUUUCUAAGCCAUUUACCGGAGAAGAAAAUCACUCCAUAAACUAUGCAGACAUACUAUCUUUGAGUUUUCUUCCUGACUACUUGUUCCAAACUCUGAGUCAGAUCUAAAGUCACUUUAAGUCACAGAGUGCAUGGUGUUUCACUUGUUUUUCUCAUUAAAAGUGAUUACCUUUGCUGUAUUAAAUUGCUAAGUGAAGGUCAUUCAGACAACCA